AUUCUCUUUUUUUUUCCCUAUCUGUGAUUUUUUUUUUCUUUCUUUCUUUCUUUUUUCUUCCUUUCUUUCUCUCGUCCAGUUAACUUGAACUUAACCCAGUAUUACCCAAAAAACCAUGACGGAAAGGUUUACACCAGAAGGCAUACGGGCUUGGCUGUCGGAUGAAUUCAGUCUAAAUGGGUGGCAUUCGGCUGUGGUUGCUCAAGAAUUAUCCGAUGAUGUUUUAAACGUGAUUCGUAUGCACUACACGACUUACGACAAGGCGACAAGAUUAGGCGUGUUGUUCUCUCUACUUUACAUUCGAAAAGGCGAGUUACAUGAAAUGCGUGACAAUAUUAAAGAGAUUCUGACUCUGGGCACCAACGACGAUGACGACUGGGUGCGCUUAACGGCUCAUAUUUUGAACGAUUUUUGGUCCUCGAAGCGGUUCAACACUCAAAUCCAGGAAUGGUCUUCUUCUGUCCAGCCUGUUUUGGAUCAAGUCAGUCAAACCAUUCAAUCCAAAGGCUUUAGCUUCCAUCCGAUCGAAUUCACGAUUCUGCAAGUCGAUGCUCGUCCCGAUUGUCCCUACGUUUCCGACGUGUUUCGAUCUGAUAAACCCACGACGGCCCAGCAUUUUCAAUUAAGUACUCGUCCCGGUGACACGAUUUCGUCCGACGAUCGUAUGGCUCGUUUCGAAACCAUUCUCCGUGAAGAAAAAAUGGAAUUGGAGGAAGCCGAAUUGGAAUCCUCCACCGUGAAUGCAGGAUUUGCCAAAUUUGGAUCAUCCCCCCUCCCCUCGCCUACUUCUGCUGUACCGCCUCAACCAGGUAUCCCAGGCAGACCACCGGCCGCACGACCAGGCGUGCCUCCAAGAAGUUUAUCGACAGGCUCCGUUCAUGGUAUGACUGGUAUGCGACCGACCCCCCGUCCUCCCGGAUCAAGUAGCCUGUUUAUGCCACGUCAACCCGCUCGACGAUCACCGAACGCUAGCAAACCUAGUUUCCUGAGACCGUCAGGUCCACCUCGUUUCAACUCGAUGAACAAAGCAACAGCUGCCAAGCCAGAUAUCAAUACGCCAAGAGGAUUCAUCAAACAAUCUCGGGUACAAAUGCUUGACUUCAACGAUGCAACAAUGCUUCAAGAAAGUAACAGCGAAGCCAUUGAUAAAGCCAAACAAAAUCUUCAUUCCCAACAAGAGGCAAAGAAACAACAAGCCGCAGAAGAACGCCGAAAAGCCCAAGAAGAAAGGAAGCGUGCACUUGCUAUUGAACGUGAGGAAAGAAAAGCCAAAUCGAGACGACGAUCCUCCAAUGAAUCCGGUCAAUUGGCUCCAGCGUCGACCACCACUACCACCACAACAACCUCUGAGACCAGCGAUCAGCCCAUGGACACAGACGAAGUCUCCUCAUCCGAUAAUACUAAAGAACCAGAAACCAAAAUUGAACGUUUAUUACCGGAAUCACCCAACAUUACGCCACCGCCACAAUAAUGAAGAUAGAGAAUAUUUUCAUUUUCCUCUUCACCUCCUUUUUAUCAUCCUAGUACAUAGUUUUUAUAUCUUCGCUGUAUCUACUGCUUAAUCUGCAUAUAUUCCUUCCUUUAAACAUCUUCUCACGCUCUAUCCUUAUACACAUAUGCUUUUUGUGCAUUUGAGAAUUUCUAGCCCAUACAGCAUGCUUUACUCGGCGAUUAACACGCAAUCUACAGCCACAGAAUAAUACCAUCGCUCCAGAUAAAGAAAGAACAACGUUGAAAGACAUUUUCAUUUGAUCAUCAGGAAAUAAAAACUCGCUUCAUCUAAUCAG